AUGGUGCUCAACGAGAGUCACUCCAAGGGCGGCAGAGUGAUCACCAACAACACUGAGAGCAUCCCAGUGUCCUACAAUCUUGUGAAACUUCAGUUCAGUGACAUGAAGAACGUGCCAGAGGUCUCCAAAGGGACCAAGAAAGGCACCAUCUACCUUACCCCUUUCAUCUUUCUGUCCAAGGCGAAGGAUGCCAUGCAGUCCUUCGUAAUGUCAUUUUAUCUCGUGAAGGCCUGUGAGAUCAAGCAGUCUGUGUUUGAUACAAACCACAUCAAGGGAACAGUGAACGCCGAAGCAGGCAGUGACUGGGAAGGCUCUGCUUCCCGCAAGUCCGCCUCCAAGGCAGGGGGCGCCACUGAAUCUGGACAGCAGGUGCUCCAGGUGGCAUCUUCUGAGUUCUAUCUAGGACCUCCCAAGAUGGACAGGGCCAUGGAGUAUGUGCAGCCCCCACCACCGCCCUAUCCUGGGCCCACGGAACCUCCGGUCGGCCCCCAUGUUCCCUGCACUCCUGCAGCCGAAGCCAGGGCCACAGAAGCAUCUGCCAGCACCUAUUAUAACCCAGGCAAACCACACCACGUCUCCAUGCCCACGAAGCAGCCUCUGCCAUCUUACCAGAGGGAAGAUAAGAAGACCCAGUAGACGCCUCCCACCUCCAGCCUCCUGCCUCCCUCCCAGUCCUUGUUUCCUACCCCUUCCCUCAGGGCUGCGGCUGCGGCUGGGGGAGGUGCGGG